GUUCUGGUAGACGUCAAUCGUAGAUAGCAGAGGAGACAUUCCUGGACUUGAUGGCCCAAUGAGCCCCUCAGAUAUGAGUCACCUCGCCUGGUCCUUCUUCCGCCUGCUGACAACUGCUUGUCAGAGUCCAGAUGAAUGCCAAAGCUCCCUCCAGGAUCCGAUGAUUACAGGGCAGCUGAGCAAGCCGCUGCUCUCCCUGCGCAGCGACAUGAGCGCAGCAGAACUCCGGGCGGACGACAAAGCGGCCACCCCAGACAGCGAUCUGAACGACGAGCCCCUGCUCCUGCCCUCCGAGGCCACGGACAGAGAGGGCACUCCAAACAAGCUGUACGGAGCUCGUGAUGGUUCGGUCCAGUCCGACACCAGCAGCAGUCCUUCUGAGCAGAGUCAUCUGGGCCAGUCACACCCAGCUUUCUCCAUGGGUCCACAGUCUCUCCUGGUGGCCCAGCAGCUGGCCAAUGCAGUCGGCGGCGUGAUGUCCGGGGCGGCGACGGGCAUGAACCAGCCCAUCCUCAUCCCCUUCAACGCAGGCGGUCACCUGGGGGGGCAGCAGGGCCUCGUCCUCUCUCUGCCCACCGCCAACAUCCAGAGCCUGGUGGCUGCUGCUGCUGCGGGCGGCAUCAUGACGCUCCCGCUCCAGAACCUGCAAGCUACCUCAACUCUGAACUCCCAGCUCCAACACCUGCAGCAGCUCCAGCAGAUGCAGCACCACCACCAGCAGCAGCAGCAGCAACAACAACAACAGCAGCAGCAGCAACAGAUCCAACACCAUCACCAACAGACCCUCUCCCACAGCCACAACCCGCUGUCAUCCCAGCAUCACAUGACCCCGCCCAGCCAGCAGCAGACCUCCAUCCCUUCUCCAGGCUCCACCUGCUCCUCCACCUCCGGACACCCGCAGCACUCACCGCCUCACCGGCCCAACCACUCCCCGGCCCGCAGCCUUCCUUCGCCCGUCACCCCACCCAUGCCUUUGUCGCUGAAUCCAUUGGCCAGCCAGGCGGCGGUAGCAGCGGCAGCAGCCAUGGGGUCCAUCGCCGGGUCCCAAGUGUUUGGCAACGCCCUGUCAAACUUGCAAGGAGCCACCGGACAGCUGGUCACCAAUGCACAAGGACAGAUAAUUGGAACAAUCCCACUGAUGCCCAACUCUGCAGGGCCCUCCAGCCAAUCAGGGGGUGGCAACCCAGCACUGCAGGUACAGCCAAUUACACCUCAGCUUCUGACCAACGCUCAAGGCCAGAUCAUCGCCACGGUGAUCGGCAAUCAGAUCCUGCCUGUCAUCAACACCCAGGGAAUCACGCUGUCACCAAUCAAGCCUGGACAGCAGAUGCCUCAGGCUCAGCAGGGUCAGACAUGCCCCGCAUCGUCUCAGCCCAACCUGCUCCACAUGCCCCACAGACAGAGUCCUCUCCACCAGGCCUCUUCCUCCUCCUCCACCUCUUCCUCUUCCUCGGCUCUCAGCGUGGGGCAGCUGGUCAGCAACCCGCAGACCGCCCCCAGCGAGGUGGACGGGGUCAACCUGGAGGAGAUCCGUGAAUUCGCCAAAGCAUUCAAGAUCCGCCGCCUGUCCCUGGGCCUGACUCAGACUCAGGUGGGCCAGGCGCUCAGCGCGGCCGAGGGCCCGGCGUACAGCCAGUCUGCCAUCUGCAGACACACCAUCCUGAGAAGCCACUUUUUCCUACCACAGGAAGCCCAAGAGAACACGUUAGGUAGCAGUCUGACAGGCAAACUGAACCCUGGCCUUUUAUAUCCUGCCAGGUUUGAGAAGUUGGACAUCACCCCUAAAAGCGCCCAGAAGAUUAAGCCCGUUCUGGAGCGCUGGAUGGCAGAGGCUGAAGCCCGCCACCGGUCCGGCAUGCAGAACCUGACUGAGUUUAUCGGCAGUGAGCCUUCCAAAAAACGCAAGCGGAGGACCUCUUUCACCCCGCAGGCGCUCGAGAUCCUCAACAGCCACUUUGAGAAGAACACACACCCCUCCGGACAGGAAAUGACGGAAAUAGCCGAGAAGCUGAACUAUGACCGGGAGGUGGUGCGGGUCUGGUUCUGCAACAAGAGACAAGCUUUGAAAAACACGAUAAAGCGUUUGAAAGCGCCCGAGCUGGGCCCGGCCGGAGGGAUGGACCCGCUCACUGAUUCUCUAGAGGAGCUGCCCAAAUGAACGGCACAACAGUGGAGUGGAAAAGUGGCAGCCAUUAAAACCGAGAGGGGGAUGAACUCAUCUUGCUCUGAACAAUGUUCCAGAGUCACCUGGACGGACAGUCAUGAGUCUGCAAACAAAAACUAUGUGUUGUCAGUGUGAUUACCACAGCUAUGUAAAUGACCUUGGCGAAACCAAAAACAAGAAAAAAGAGAUUAAUAUCUGAGAAUUAUGUAAAAACAUACGGUGUGCUGUUUCAAAGAGUUUUAGAUUCUGGCCGUACAGACCAGACUAUCGCCCAAAUUUUGGUUCCCAGCAGGAGGGAUUUAGUAAAGAGAUCAUACCAAAUCAAAACACUAUUUACCAAAGUCUGUUGCAUCUGAGUACUAAGAAUAAUUUUGUAAUGUAAAUGUGCUCUAAAUUUUUACAUUUGUACUGGCAAAUCUAAGCUAUAUGUGUGAGGUUGAGUAUACAUUUUAUCUUUGUCUCGCUUACUUUUUUCUUCAUUGUUUGUAUGUAAAUAUCUGAGAAAAAAAAAGGAAAAAAACCCAGAAAAAUGCUGUCAUCCAAGUGAAACCACACUGGACAAAAAAAGAAUGAACCUUUGCUGUUGAACAGUCGACUUAUGAUGUUGUUUGCCUCUGAUUUGUGUUUCAUCUGCAAAUAUUUUCAGUCCCGGUGUAACUUUGUACAACUUUUACAGGUAUUUAUGAAUAAUCUCAGAUUGUUUCAGAGGGAGUAAAAUAAGGACUUUCAGAUGAUCUGAUGAAGGGUUUCAGUGUCUGUCAAGUCGAUAGCUUUGUUUUGAGCUACUGUGUCAUUCUGUUGCCAAAGCCUGAUAGCCAAAGAACACAUACAUGUUAGCUCAAGGACUGGUGAAGAUUCUACCGUUUAGAUUUUCUGUUUCACAUCCCCCUUUUUCUAGUUCAACAAAAAACACUACCAUCUCAAACAGCUUUAGACUUCCCAUGGUGAUAUAGAAUAGGACUUUUCUUUGCUUCUGCAUGCUUUAACUCAAACCACAUGUAGGAUUUGUCUCAGAUUCAACAUGAUGUCCUGCUUUUUUCUUACCUCACUGAAAAUAACAUUAUUUAUUGACAUUAUAAAGUCUUUAUAAUGCCCUGAAAUGAAAUGAACAUGUGUGGUUGAAGCCUGUUUGUCGCCACUGACCAAACUACUGAGCUCAUUCCAGUUCAAAUGUUUUUAUAACCUCAACAACAAAAUGUUUCCUUUGUAUUCUGCAUUCCUGUCAGCUUAGUGAAGGUUUACAAUCAUCUAUUUGAAUGGGAAAAUGUUUUUGAAAUGGUUGAUUUUGACCUAUUAUGCUCAAGUUUUCCUUUAUUUGUGUUUCUUUUCUUUCAUUUUAAGCCGAUUGUUUCCCCAAUAUUUUAAUUCAACAUGGUAUAAUCCUGUAAGUCAAUAUUCCAGGCAGGAAACUAAAUAUUUGGCUCUCAUGAAAAGCCUUCAUAGGAAAAGCCCCCCCCCCCCCCAAAAAAAAGAAGAGGUGAAUGUUGAGAAUAAGUGUCACAUGUCAGAACGAGUGAACUUAAUUUGAAGCGAGGCGAAAUUUGAUGCAAUUUAUUCAGAAUCAUGUGUCUGCUCGAUAUCUGUCCCUCCAUGUCACAUUGGUUAUCUUUCUUCUUCUUCACUGCCUGGAAAACACGCACGCAAACACGCUGGCUACAUGUCAGAAAACACAUGACAUGUUUUUAAGGCAACUAUUGACUCUAUUUAAACUACAUUUUCAUCAACAGCAUUUUUUUGAUGUGUUCCCACCAUUAUGUUGCAUCCAUAUUUCAUUCAGGCAAAUCUCUGGCCAAGAAACUACACAUCUGCAUCCACCCACUCGAAAGGAAUCUGAGAAAGCAGCAGGCUCCUGCAGGUAGAAUAUGGAUCUUUUUCUGAGGCUUAUCAAUAAAGCUGUAACCAAAACCAAAAAGAUAACAAAAAGAAGACACAUAAGAGGAGUUACGCCUUUGCUCGAUUCCUCAAUGCUGGACCAAAGCUCUAUAGUUAUGCACAUUGUACAGAGAAAUAGAUUCAUGAUGUUGACAAUCUUUUAACAAACUGAGAUAAAAACAUUGAAGUGUACAGAAGUUCAUCCAAGGUUUACCUCAGUACUACAAACGCCAUAAAGCAUCAGCAGGUCAGAAAAGACAGAUGGUUACUCUGCACUGUGUGUGUCGAUGUUCACCUCCCAACGUGUUUGAUUUAUAUUAUGUGACACAUGAUUGUUUUAUUUCUGUGAAGCGGUUUCCUGAGCCACACGUGACUCUCCGGUCAUUUUUCUAUCCUCCUUAAGUUAUUUCUCAUUUGUUGUGCCGUCCCCUCUCAGUUCCCACAGACCUGUAGCCCCGCGUAGAGGAAAAAAGGAGAUCACAGUGUUGUUGCUCUUCUUCCACGAUUAGGAUGAUCACCUUUAAAUGUUUUUGUGAAAUUUUACUAACACAAACAAACUGGUUUGCCGUUUUGUUAAUAGUCGAAGAACUCGAAACCAAAGCUGAAGAGCCCGCAGAGGUCGGUUUUCAUUUUUUUUAGAGACUGAAAACCGUACUUAAUCUAUAGAGCAAUAUCUGUUUGGUCAGUUACGCAGCACUUUGUGUAUUUCCAAAAAAGACAAAAAAAAAGCUUC